AUGGUUGCGCUUCCCUUUGUCCUUCUAGCUGCUGCUUUGGUUGAAGCCGCUCCUACUCUUCCAUGGAAGAAAGACAGUGAUAUCGAUAUCAUUGGAACGCAAGAACAUCUCUUCCCUUACUUGGCCGGUUCCGCUCCCCACUUUUCAUACCCUCUGAGCUACGGCAUUCCAAAGGAAGUGCCAGAACAAUGUACCAUCAAGCAAGUUCAAUUGUUUGCUAGACACGGUGAAAGAUACCCAACCAACGGCACUGGUGCCAAGAUUGCUGCUACUUAUGCCAAGAUGGCCAACUUGACGGCCGCCAAUGGCUCUUUGGCUUUCUUGAACAACGGUUAUGAGUUCUUCAUUCCAAACUCUGACAACUUCGAAGAGCUUACGACGUGGGAGAACACUUUGGACCCUAUCAACCCUUAUCUUGGUGAGCAGGAUGCCAGACUUCAUGCUCGCGAAUUCUUGAACCAAUACAGCGACCUAUUGAACGACACCACUUCAUUCGCUAUGUUCACCUCUAACUCUAAGAGAGUUCACGACACUGCAAAGUUUUUCGCUGAUGCUUUGGGCGACAAGUACAAUGUGAGUAUGCAGAUUAUUGACGAAAAUAUCAGCAGUGGUGCCAACACCUUGACCCCAAUCAACUCAUGUACUGUGUACAACGAGUCAGAAAACGCUGCUGUGUACGCUAACUACUCUACUGCUUACUUGAAGGACAUCGCCACCAGGUUGAACAACGAAAACAAAGGUUUGAACUUGACCACCAGCGAUGCGCUAAACAUGUUCUCGUGGUGUGCUUAUGAAGUUAACGCUAAGGGUUACAGUGAGAUUUGUGAAGUUUUUAAGCCCGAAGAGCUAGUUUACUUCUCUUACUAUGAUGACUUGACGAGUUACUACAUGGAUGGUCCAGGUAACUCUUUGGGAAAGACUGUUGGUGCUGUUAAUUUUAACGCCUCCGUUGAACUUUUGAAGCAAAGCGACUCUUUGGACCAAAAGGUGUGGUUGAGUUUCACCCAUGACACUAACAUUGUAAACUACUUGGCUGCGGUUGGUUUGUUUGACGACGGUAACAAGCUUCCAGUAUCCUAUGUUCCAAUCAAGAAUCACCUCUACCACAAGUCUUGGAUGGUUCCACAAGGUGCUAGAGUUUACACUCAACUUUACGAAUGUUCUAAUCAAACUUAUGUUAGAUACGUUGUUAAUGACGUCGUUAUUCCAAUCGAAAAGUGCUCAAGUGGUCCAGGUUUCUCCUGUGAAUUUGAAGACUUCAUUACUUACGCCAAUAGCAGGCUAAAUGGCACCAACUAUGUCUCCUCAUGUGAAAUCGAGAAAACCAGUAACCAAACCGAGUUGACUUUCUACUGGGAUUACAAAACCAAAAAUUACAAUGCUAGCUUGUUGCUACAAUGA